CCAAUCCCUUCAAUAUGGAAGCCUUCUGAUGUGCAUGCAACCAAAAAUCUUCACUCUCUACACAGCAGACACACACAGAGGACAAGAUAUUCAUCUAUAAUCUGAACUUAAAUAGCCACUUCAUCCCUCGCUCCGGUGGCCGGAAAAUGGCAGUGCCUGCGAGCGGACAGAUGUCAGUCUCAUCCGUGAUGCAGUUACGUGGACCAACAAGUCUCAGCCUCAGUGGUAAGAAGUGGAGUCAUCUUGUGAAGUUUAGUAAUGGAGAAGUAAUGGGACGUAAGCUCAGGCUAAGACAACAGCAUGGUGGCAACGGCUGCACUAACAAUGUUAGGAGGAACCAUAUAUGCAUGUCUCUCACUGCUGACGUGGGUAGUCAAUCCAAGUUGAGAGACUUGGAUGCUGAGAGAAGGGAUGCUAGGACGGUUGUGGCGGUUAUACUUGGUGGAGGAGCCGGAACCCGUCUCUUUCCUCUUACAAAGCGCCGAGCCAAACCUGCUGUUCCUAUUGGAGGUGCUUAUAGGCUCAUUGAUGUGCCAAUGAGCAACUGCAUCAACAGUGGCAUCAACAAGGUCUACAUUCUCACUCAGUUCAACUCAGCUUCACUCAACAGGCAUAUUGCACGUGCUUACAACUCUGGCACUGGUGUCACCUUUGGAGAUGGCUAUAUUGAGGUUCUUGCUGCCACUCAAACUCCAGGGGAGGCAGGUAAAAGAUGGUUUCAGGGUACUGCUGAUGCCGUGAGGCAGUUCCACUGGCUCUUUGAGGAUCCUAGAAGCAAGGAUAUUGAGGAUGUCCUGAUUCUUUCUGGGGAUCAUCUCUACCGAAUGGACUAUAUGGACUUUGUUCAAAAUCAUCGCGAGAGUGGUGCAGAUAUUACUCUUUCUUGUCUCCCCAUGGAUGACAGCCGUGCCUCUGAUUUUGGUCUAAUGAAGAUAGAUGAUAAAGGAAGGAUUCUCUCAUUCAGUGAAAAGCCCAAAGGAGAAGACCUAAAAGCAAUGCAAGUAGAUACAACUGUUCUUGGGCUUUCAAAGGAAGAGGCUGUAAAGAAACCAUACAUUGCUUCUAUGGGUGUGUAUGUAUUCAAGAAGGAGAUACUUCUGAAUCUAUUAAGAUGGCGGUUUCCAACUGCAAAUGACUUUGGAUCAGAGGUCAUCCCUGCCUCAGCUAGAGAAUUUUACAUGAAGGCUUAUCUCUUCAAUGAUUACUGGGAGGACAUAGGAACGAUCCGAUCAUUCUUUGAGGCAAAUCUAGCCCUCACUGAGCAUCCACCCAGGUUUAGCUUUUACGAUGCCGCAAAGCCGAUGUAUACAUCAAGAAGAAACCUGCCUCCAUCAAAGAUUGACAACAGCAAGAUUGUUGAUUCAAUUAUAUCACAUGGGAGCUUUGUGGAUAGUUCGUUCAUAGAGCAUAGUGUGGUUGGAAUCAGAUCCAGAAUAAACUCAAAUGUUCACUUAAAGGAUACUGUGAUGCUUGGUGCUGAUUUCUACGAAACAAAAUCAGAAGUGACAGCAGUAUUAGCCGAGGGAAGAGUUCCUAUAGGGAUAGGAGAAAAUACAAAAAUCAAAGACUGUAUUAUUGACAAAAAUGCUAGAAUUGGAAAGAAUGUUGUAAUCGCAAAUAAGGAUGGCGUACAAGAGGCUGAUAGAUCUUCAGAAGGGUUUUACAUCCGUUCUGGUGUUACCAUUGUAUUGAAAAACUCAGUAAUUGAAGAUGGACUGGUCAUAUAAUAAAUAAAUAGAUAAAUAAAUCAUUGCAGUAAAUUCACCCAUCAUUCACAUGAUCCAUUUUCUCAUGGAUUAUCAUAACAUGUAACGACGGGAAUGUUUUGGUUUUAUAAUGAUAGGGGAAAAAACUAAUAAAAAAGUAUCAAUUACCAAUAUUUUGGU